CAGUAGCAAGCCCAGUAGAGCCUGACGAUAACAAAAAAACACAAAACAAUAAUAAAACCACGAAAUCUCGAAGUAUUACGUGGAAAUUUAGUUUCUCGCAAUUUUUUGCUUAAUUAAAAAAAAUCACUUUAUAAAUUAUAUUACUGGAAACUCUCUUGGGAUACAAAAAAUAAGAAACCAGACGAGAAUGGGUAGUUUAACAAGAGCAGGCCGUGCAGAGAUUCUACGUUCAGCCCAGAAAGAUGACGAAUUUUGUCAAGAACUUCAUGAUGAAAUUUCCCAAGUCACCGGCGAGAUCACUGGUCAUCGAUUAUGGGUUGCUCGGAACAAGACCAUUUUUGACGGACUGUCAAAGUUUAUCUACAAGUAUUUUACAACAUUGAAAAAUCUUCAAACCCUUGGAGAGGAGUACACGGGAAUUGUGCAGCUUGACAGUUCGGGAAGAAAUUUGCCAUCUAAAUUUCAAUUCUUUUUGUCUGUAAUGAUUGAAAGUUGUGGCCCUCUGGCCACUUUUGUUGCUCUCCAGCAGAUGGAAAAGAGGAUAAAAGAGUCGAAGCAAAUUAAUCCCUUGGAAAAGGAAAAAUUCCUCAAUUAUUUGGCCGCUGCCAGAGCACUAGCUCCAUUUUUGCAGCAAUUCCACAAAACGUUUUUCUACCUGUUUGGAAUUUAUUACAACUUUAGUAAAAGAUGCACAGGAAUAUCAUAUGCACUCGUGCGACCGUGGAUGAGGGAUAAUGGAACUCGGAAGACAUUUCACUGGAUCGGAAUUGCAUCCUCACUCUACCUGGUCAUCAGUUUUGUUCACAGUCUGCGAAGUGGUCACUUUCUUAAAUAUCAAAACGAUGGUGGUAGAGAUAGAAAAAUCAGCAGACACUGUGAUCCUUUGAAAAAGUGUUCGUUGUGCUUGGAGGAGAUGAGAGAAGUGAGCUGCACUCCUUGCGGUCAUCUUUUUUGUUGGGAAUGUAUUUUAGAAUGGCUUAACAGCAAGACUGAGUGUCCCCUUUGUAGGGAACCCUUCCAGCCCUCUAGGGUUGUCAGACUUCAGAAUUAUGACACUUCCUGUUUGGUCUAAAAACUUGUUUUGUUAUUUUGACCAGCUGUGAUUGUGGAGAGAGGUUUUGGUUUACAAUAUAAAUAUCAGAUUUGAUCAAUGUUUUGCCUUUAUUUUAAAUCAAUCUCUCAGCAAUCAUAUUUGUUGUGCUCACAAACCCACAGAGCGCACAAGAAUAUAAAAAUUACAUCAUGAAAAAAUUCAUUCAUUCCUCAAUGCUCCAUUCUGGCUUUAACGGAAAUUCAUAUAUUGCUGCAUUCUUCCAAAAUUUUGUGGUGUAAGAUGUUUUUAAACAUUAGUGACCCAUGAAACUUAACAAAAAAUAGCAGAUCAUUAAUUUUUAGGCAAUAUUAAAAUAAAAUGCAAUGCACACAAGAACAUUAUCGCCCACUGAAUAACUCUUGACUUUUAUAGUAGAAAUUGAGAGCGGCUGAGAAUCAGACUCGCAUGGAAUAAGCGUUGUUACGGACUGAAAUGCUUAUCUAAAGCCCUCGGUUAGGCAGAUCUUUUACUUUGUAAAUCCUGACAAGCCAGUGCUCUGAAGUGUAUGCUUCCUCAAGCACGUCCAGUUCAAAGUCCUUGUUUCCAAUUUCAGCACCUCUCACUCGAUCGUAACCAGGAGGACGUCCUAUAAAAUUGAUUUGUUU